AUGGACGAUCCGCGCAACUUUCAAACUACCGGGCGAAAUUCGAAGUCGACGGCGUCGUCGUGUUCUGCCCUGGCAAUGGAGGUUAAAAGGAAGAAGAUACGACAGAGCACCGUAUUUCUGCACACAGAGGAAACCAACAUCCAGGAAAAGUUGGACUUUGAGAUGCGGAUGCGUGACGGCGCCUACAAGCUUUUGCUCGCCAGCAGUAAGAGAGAGCAGGUUCUCAGUGCCUCCAAAAACCUGCUGACUUGCAACAUCAGGAUCAAAGCUUACCUCAGCCAGCUCCGGAAGAAAGAGGAGCAGGAUAUGAUGGGAGCAGCCCAGAGACUUUCAGAUCCUGCUUCAGAAGGCCGCAUGCCCUGCACUGGGAAAGUUGGAAUUUCUGGGCUUCGUAUUCCGUUGCUGUGGAAGGAUUCAGACUACUUCAACAACAAAGGCAGUUCUCGUCGGGUGGCGGUCUUCUGUCUGAUGCGAAUUGGCUCACAGGUAUUUGACACGGAGAUGGUGGUAGUGGACCGAUCAGCCACUGACGUGUUCUUUGAGGGAGUCACUGUGUUCAGUGACGCAGUUCCCCAGUUUGAAGUGAGGGUGGAGCUGUGGAGCUGUGCUAUGGAGGAAGAGCUGACGCUGGUCAACACACCAAAAAAGCUUGCUAAGAAGCUGCUCGGCUCCUUUGGCAAGGCCUCCGGCAGGAAAGACUGCUCUCUGCUGGACACUCCGGACCCUGACAUAUUCCUCCAGUCAAACCCAAUACCCUCUGGAGCCAAGUACAGUUUACUGGCCUAUACCACACUAUGUCUGUCCCAGGUUGAAGACAGCUUCCAGUCCCACUCCCUCAUUGUCCUCCAAGAUGCUGAAUGGUCCUCAUGGCUGCCGCUGUAUGGAAACCUCUGUUGCCGAUUGGUGGCACAGCCGGCCUGUAUGACCCAGCACGUGAUGACUGGCUACCUGAGCCAGCAGCAAAACGUGGAUGGGCUACACAGCUGCUGCAAUCUGUUCUGCGUGCUCAGUGCGGGCUCCCUGUCCUGCUACUUCACCCCCGAAGAAAUCGCUGCCAAAGUGGAGCCCACACUUCAUUUACCUAUCAAUAAGGAUACGCGUAUUCGUGUGAUCAAGAAGGACUCAGCAGGCCGAAAGUCCAGCGUUCUGUCCAUCAUCAACCCUUCAUCAGCAGGACCUCAGACCAUUGUCUUCAAAACAGACACCAGGGAGGAGCUGGAGGACUGGAUGGACGCCUUCCACCAACACAUUUAUGAUCAGGGCCAAUGGCUACAAUGCAGUGACCAGCUAAUGAAGAUCGAAGUUGCAUCUCCACGGAAACCACCACUCUUCCUUACAAAGCAGGCCAACUCUGUUUACAAUGACCUCAGUAUAAAUUCUCCAGGCAAGUUUGAGAGCAUCACAGACAUCAUUCACAGUAAGAUUGAGGAGACAGACGGCCAAUUUCUCAUUGGUCAGGAGGAGGAGAGGGAGGCACCUAAUUGGUCCACUUUGUUCGAUGGAUCACAUCCAAUGGUAGUCCAAAAGAGUUUUGUGUCUCCAAACAAAAGUUCCAUCUCUUGUUCAAGUCCCAACCCCAACACAAGCUCUGUAUCCAUCGGCAACAAGAAGCGCCGUGCACCUCCCCCUCCCUGUGAUAGACAGCCUUAUGCCUCUUCAAGUCAGCCAGUCAGACCACCCCUCCCUGUAUCUGUGUGCCCUUCUGCUCUCUUAAACCAAGAGAAAGAGAACACUGGCACUUUCAUUUCGCGUCCAGCCAUGAAGCCCAAAACUGGAAGGCCAUCUUUGGAUGCCAAAUUCUCUGCCAUUAUCCAGCAGCUUCAGAGGAACAACGCUGGAGGAGCAGGGCCUCUGAGGCGAAAAAAUGCCCCACUGGGGCAACUUGAUGUGCAGCCACAUGGUCAGCCUCAGCUCACCCACCAUGAGAUGGAGUUCAAGAACCAGCACGCCGAACCCCCUGAGGCAACAGUCCAACCUGCGCAUGAAAGGCUUGGUCCUAGCCUCAGUCUUGGUCCAGUCCCAGCGCCAAGGAGCAAACUGAGGAAGUCCUUCAGAGAGAAGAUCAACCCUAAAGCUUGGUGA